ACCAAAUCAUAUUGGUAAGCAGUAUUCAAUAUGUGGGACGAGCAAUCGGAACUAGCCGCGCUUCAAGAAAUAUAUAACCUGACUGCUGGAGAUGAAGCCAAAAAGAACUGGCGAAAAUUGCUUGUUUUUGGCAACACUUUGGAUCAGCAGCUGAAGCGGAAACUGCUCUGGAUUUGGCCUACAGCAUCGGACUUAACAAAAUUCCACCAAAAACUGGAUCAUCUUGGACUACAAACAGUUUUAAGCAUCGGUUGCGGCAGUGGACUUCUGGAAUGGCUAAUAUCUGCUGUUGGUGGCGAGAAGUUACGGAUUUGUGGACUGGAAAGAGAUCCCAACUGGUGGCGUAGCAAGUAUGCCGUUCGAAGCUUUAUACCUCUAAACUACAUUGAGAAUGCAGAGACCAUUGACUCGAGAUCGAGUUUGAAUGCCAGCUUCUUGAGCGACUGUUGUUCCGGGUUAAUGCCGAGUGCCUUGCUCUUUUGUUACUUUAACAAUCGCAGAGCCUUUCUGGAUUAUCUUAACGUAUUUGAAGGAAUUUGGAUUAUAUUGAUAGGCCCAGAGCCAGGUUUUGGCAUACACACGGAUCCCAAUCCGUUGCAACCCGAAUUAUCCAACAAUUGGUGGGCGUUGCAUGCGCUAAUCGAUUGGACUGAACAUAAUGUUGUGGCAAUUUAUAAGAAAUUGGAAUAAUAUGUAAUUUAAUAAUAAUAAUAAUAUUAGUAUGUGCCUAA